UUUUACUAUUACGGGAAAGAUAUUCAUGCAGUCGCUAUGGAGAUGUGGUUUGGAAUGGGACGAGGAAAUACCAGAGGCUUUACGUGAUCGUUGGAAAUCUUGGACCACAGGGUUGAAAAAGUGAAAAAGCAAUGGCUGCGGUGGCGUAUUGGAGAUACUAUACUCCUGAUGGACCCAAAAUUUCAUUUGUAUCAGGUAAAACCAACUGUGCACCAACUAAGUCUAUUUCAAUCCCGAGGUUGGAGCUGCAAGCGGCUGUAAUGGCUAUUAGGUUAAAAAAUGCCAUCGUAGAACACCAUAAUAUUAAACCUGUCGAAUUUUAUUUUUGGACAGACUCAAGUACGGUCAUAAAAUGGCUAACGUCUGAACAUCGUCGCUACAAACAGUUUGUUGCUAAUAGAGUAGCCGAAAUCUUGGAAUCAUCAGAAGAAAAGCAGUGGCGUUGGGUGCCUGGUGAGAUGAAUCCAGCUGAUGAAGGCACUCGUCCGAGUUUACAGUAUGACCCUAAUAACCGAUGGAAAAAUGGACCUGAAUUUUUAUGCCGACCAUCUGAAUUGUGGCCGUCCAAUUGUAAGCCGUUAGAUGCUACUAAUGAUGAGGAAGAACUUCGUAGCGGCCAUUAUGUAUUUUCCACACGUGUCAUAAAUAUUAUAUUCGAUGUGAAACGUUUCUCACAAUACCAAAAGUUCGUAAGACACAUUGGAUGGAUUUUUCGUUAUGUAAACAAUUUAAAGUUAAAAUAUAAAAAACAAACUCUAAUGAGGGGUGACUUAACAGUCGAGGAACAAGAGCAAGCUGAACGUUAUAUAAUUCGGUCAAUACAAAAGACAGAAUUUGCCAACGAGUAUUCUUCUCUAUCAAGAAAUGAACCUAUAUCUCCAAGAAGCUCUAUAAUAACGCUCAAACCUUAUAUCGACGAAUUUGACAUUCUUCGAUGUGGUGGAAGAAUAGACAACGCUCCAUUUAUAUCAUAUAUUACGAAAAGGCCGUAUAUUCUUCCAAAAGACAAUCGAGUAACAUACCUUUUAGUCCAGUGGUAUCACGAACGUCAGAAACACAUCAACGAUUCUAUAGUGAUAUGUGAAAUACGGUUAAAAUAUUGGAUACCGUCUAUACGUGUUAUUUUAAAUAAAGUGAAGUCUGCUUGCUGUGCCUGUAAAAUACGUAAAUGCAAACCGUACCAACCAAUUAUGGGUCCCCUCCCUAAAGAUCGUUUAAGUGCCUUUGUUCGUCCAUUUUCUUACACGGGAUUGGAUUACUUUGGUCCAGUGUUAGUUGCUGUCCGCCGUAGUCAAGAAAAGCGGUGGGUUGCGUUAUUCACGUGUUUAACAACCCGUGCCAUCCACUUAGAGUUGGCAAUGAACCUGUCGAGUGAUUCGUGCCUACUUUGUAUCAGGAAUUUUAUAAAUCGACGGGGAGUACCAGUUUUAAUUAGAAGUGACAAUGGCACUAAUUUCGUGGGUAUCACGAAGGAGCUAGGUUUUGAAGAAAAUUUCAUUGAUCCUGAAAAAAUAGAUGCUGAUUUAAAACCCCUUGGCAUUAAAUGGAAGUUCAACACCCCCUCUGACCCUAGUGCUGGUGGUUGUUGGGAAAGACUUGUGCAGUCUGUAAAAAAGGCCCUAUAUGCCACUUUAAAAGAACAAACAGUACGUCCAGAAACGUUAUACAGCCUAUUAGUUGAAUGUGAAAACAUAUUGAACUCCAGACCACUCACUCAUUUGCCAGUCACACCAGAUGAACCAGAACCGUUGACUCCGAAUCACUUUUUAUUGGGAUGUUCCAAUUCAACGCAGACUCCGGGACCCUUUAAUUCAAAAUGUUGCACCUUAAGGAAACAGUGGAGAAUUUUGCAAAAUUUAAAAAAUUGUUUGUGGAAACGUUGGGUAUUGGAGUAUCUCCCCGAAUUAACACGUAGAACAAAGUGGUGUCGACCUACAAAGCCCUUGGCGACUGGAUCUUUAGUCCUUAUUUGUGAAACCGAUCAAGCUAGGUCAAAAUGGAGAAGAGGACGUAUUCACAAAUUAUUUGUUGGUAAAGACGGAGUAGCAAGACUUGCCGAAGUAAAUACUGGCAACGGCCUGUUGCGUCGUCCCGUUUCAAAACUGGCCGUAUUAGAUGUGGAGAAUGUUGGUGAAUUGGACAUUAUGGGGUCCAUUCACGGGGGCGGGGAUGUUGAUGAUGCAGAUAAAACGGUCCCCCAGUGAAUUUCAUUUUGUCCAUAAUAAAUCCCUUCUUUGAUUUUUGCCGUAUUUACCAACACUAUUAAAUUAUCUGUCAAAAAGUAACGUUCGCCAUGUUCAAUUAAAAUAAAAAGGAGCCAUUAUAGUUUUGUCGUCAACAAGUGUAGUCGUCCAACAACAAAGAAUAAAUUCUCCUUCUCCUUCUGCUUAUCUUUUCAACCUUUAUAAUGUUAGUGGAAAUAAAUUUUCA